UUUGCGUCACCGUCCAUAAAUCAGAAUCCUGACACCAUUUGUGUCUGUCACCACCAAACCCUUCUUUUCUUCUCCAUUCUUUUUCCUUCUUCUUCUUCUUUGCUUUGUUUCUGAGUUACGAUUUGUGAUUUCUUCGCCAACACAGAAGAAAACCCAAAACGAAAGUUUCCAAAUUUCAGAAGAUUUCUCUGUUUGUUUUGUUUUUUUCAUUGUUCUUGUUUGAUUCUUCAAUCAAAUCACAAAAGGGUUUUGAGAUAACCCCCGUCAAUGGGUGCAGGGUUCUCUCUGUUUCACAAAAACUUAUCGUCUUGUUAUGGAGAUCGAGAUCUGACCAAGCCUGGUUUAGGAGAUUUGCCUGAAAGUUGCGUGGCGUUGAUCCUCAAGAAUUUGGAUCCGGUUGAGAUCUGCAGAUUCUCGAAGCUGAACAGAGCUUUUCGUGGCGCCUCUUGGGCUGAUUUCGUCUGGGAAUCGAAACUUCCUCCUGAUUAUAGAUUGAUUCUCGAGAAAAUCCUCGGUGGGUUCCCGGAGAAUCUGCGUAAAAGAGACAUCUUUACUUUUCUCUCUCGAGUUAAUUCAUUCGACGAGGGCAACAAGAAAGCUUGGGUAGAUAAACGAACCGGUGGGCUCUGUUUAUGCAUAUCGGCUAAAGGUUUAUCGAUAACCGGAAUUGAUGAUCGGAGAUACUGGAGUCAUCUUCCGAAUGAUGAAUCUCGAUUCUCUUCAGUAGCAUAUGUUCAACAAAUCUGGUGGUUUCAAGUUGAUGGAGAAAUUGAUUUCCCAUUCCCAGCUGGAACGUACAGUGUUUUCUUCAGGCUUCAUCUAGGCAAACCAGGGAAGCGGUUUGGUUGGAGGGUUUGUGACACAGAACAGGUUCAUGGCUGGAACAUUAAACCUGUUCGGUUUCAACUCUCAACUGAAGAUGGUCAACAUUCUUCAUCCCAAUGCAUGUUAACCGAAGCAGGGAACUGGAGUCAUCACCAUGCUGGAGACUUUGUGGUCAGUAAGUCGAAAAAUUCAUCGACGAAGAUUAAGUUCUCGAUGACUCAGAUUGAUUGCACGCAUACUAAAGGCGGGCUGUGUCUAGAUUCUGUAGUUGUG